CGUCAGACCGAGCUUCCUCCUUAGUCUUACGUUGCCGGUGUAUCAGACGCUUUCACUCUGACACUCAAACCGUUGUAAAACGAACUUGCGUGCUUGCAACGUUGGCCCCCAGAGGCGCCACUGUACGGGCAACCGGCUUCGCUCUAUUGUGGCGCGUGGUCUGACUACAGCAUCCGCGAUCUCCUAUCCGCCUACACGAACGUCCAACCAUCGUCAGUGCGCCCGCAAGCCCGCAAGUUCGCGCGACAACGUUAACCCACGCUCUCUCUCUCGUUGUAAUCGUCGCUGCGAGGCGCUUUUUUGGAACUUGAUUGGAAUUUUUUUUUUUUUUUUGAUUUUUGAAAUAUGAGUGAAUUAUACGGAGCUUCGGGAUAGAGCUUUCGAGGGGGCGGGGUAAUUUUUUUUAUUUUCUGUGAAAUUUUGCCGAGAAAUCGGCGGGACUUGGAGGUGGGUGUGGAGUUUUUUUGUGUUGUUGGUUACAAGGUGGUUAAUAUCGGCCGGCUCUGCGGAGGGGUUGGAACUGGACAGUUAUAACGAGGAGCCUGAGGAUUGGGAACACAGUGAAGAUUGACGAAUGAUGCCCUAACGGAGAGCCGGCUGGUGCGUGGGUGUCGGAGUAAAGAGAGAGGACUCCGUCGUUGACAUCACCACGACAAAGUUACUCAAAUUGCCUCGAGGAGGGGUUGGAGACGUUGGAAUAGACGAUACGAGGUAUAACUCCCCGCAUGAGAGGGGGUGAAAGGGGAGGGGGGCUGAGGGGGAAGCUUCGGCCACUUGAGAGUGCUCGCCGUUUCCCUUAUUCCUUCAAUCAACGUCAGCUGGGGAAAUGUCUAGUGUGUACACUGGGCAAAUACUCGCGUGCCCCCGCGCUAGUGGCUGCACAUAUAGAGACCAAUGACUACAUCAUCCCAGAACGAUGAGAAUGAUGAUGACUGCCGUUGAGACUGAGAAGGAAAUCCUGAGGGUGAUGUUUUUUUUUUCAUCUUCUCUUUUUUUUCCCCGAGACUUAGUCAUCCUAUUGAUUUUUAUUUUUUUGCAGACACAAUGGUUAUUCGUUUUUCCGUCUGUCUUCACUUCCGUUCACGUCUGCGGAUACCAUCUGUAUCUUUGCCGAUGAAUGUGAUGUCUAGCUAUUCCCGUCACUCGCUAAUAAUCACCGUUUGUUGAUUGAAAAUUAAGAAUUUUGUGGGAAGAGAAAUUUGCUGAUGAAGAAGUAGGAAGGAAAAAAAAAUGACAGAAACCGGAUACAGGAGUUAUCCAUGCAUCAUAGGUCACCCAAACGAGCCUGUUUAGACGACUUCAAGUUAACCCAAAUUGACUCAAUUGGAUUAACCGCGUGGAGGCAUUAUCCGACACUUGGGAACCUCCGCGCAAUUUAAAACGCACGUCAGCAAAUGGUGCGACGUUUCUGCGUUGGCUUCUCAUGCAAAUUAUCGUUAAGUUUUUUUAGGUUUUCGUUGGCCUUGUUUUUCAGUGAGACUCGCCUCGCAAAUGGGUGCAUUCAGGGGAAAUAGAAAUAUGCGCACAUGAGAAUAUUGUUUAAAAAUUUAUGAUAAGUGUUAAACUUAUUAAAUUUUUGACGGCGCUUUCUGCAGUUUUUGUCCGACAUCUGAAUUAAUUCCAUAGUGGGCGGUACAUAAUUCGAGACAACGACAAAAUCGAGACGAGGGAGCGAGGGGCAGCUAGCCCUUUGGCGAGCUCGAAGGAUGCAGCUCCCAGGCGGGAGCACGAGCAGUUCGCAUAAGCGUUCAAAUACGUGUCAAUCAUCGACACACAUCAUUAUAAACGACAGUAAAUUAAAUAUUAAAAAACGACAACAGGGAGUUAAUAAUCUACCAAACUAUAGAUGUGGUAGUUGUUGCAACAGUAUCGGGAGUGAAAGUGGGAACGGAAACGGCACUGGUCCCGAUAACGAUUCUAAACCACUGAAGAAUCGCAAACGCAUCACUAGAAAUUAUCACCGACACAGAAACAUCGUGUAUCGACAUCAACUGACGAGCCAAAGGUGGAAAUUUUGGGAUAAGGAAUAGUGAAUGGAUAUUAUUUUUAUUGUUUUUAUCUUAAUAUUAGUGAAGUACGUAGGAGGGUGAGGGUGUUGAUUGACAAGACGAUAGCAACGAUUACGAAGGUAAAAAACAAAGGUAAAGUGAGGAGACAGGAGCGUAAGGAGAGAACCAAGAGAAAAACGAGAAAAAAAAGUGGUGGUAGUGGGUCAGAGAAGGUGGUUGCGGUGGCGGACCGAGUGGGAUAAUCUAAUUAUCAAUAAUUAUCAAUUGGACCAAAACAAGAAAUAUUAAUUACCUCCAAAAAAAAAGCCAUCAUCAUUCACGACAGAGGGGAGGGAAAAAAGAGGCGAGGGGGAUAAAGUAUUCAUCGACAUCGAGAUUCUUCACUCCAAACUAAGGAGAAGGAGCGGCAAAAUAGCCCGUAAGAAGGUGGGGAGAAGCCGCGCGCCGCAUACAAGUAGGGGAGGGGAGAAUAGGGUAGUGCGUCUGGGUUGGGAAAGGAAUACCCCACGAAGAUAUUGUGGUAGUUGGUGGAGGGGGAAUAGAGAAACUCCGUGUUGAGAAUUACUAUCAUAAACUCAAGCCACGAGGCAAGCUGUUCGAGUGAAUAGGGGAGGGGUGACAAGGAGCCCUGGCGGGGAGGGGACGCGUAGGCCUUCGGGGGGCCGACCAAUCAGACGGCUGAUGAUGUCAUCGGAGGAGGAGACCGACUGUUUCGCCCUCUACGGAGCAACCGCGGAUAGUAAGCAACAGCAACUCCUGAAGAAACAGAAGCGCACCAGACAGCGCGUGGACGCUGGUGAGCCGCGCAACAGUUACUCUAGUAUUCCAAACUUCAGUUCACGUCCAACAUUUCUUGGUAGUGGUAUUUACGGUGCUAUAUUCAGUGGUACAGGCCCACCAUCUAGUCAUCAACAAUCAUCACCACAGGGACAAACACCAACAUCACAACAACAACAACAACAACAACAACAACAAUCACCACAACUCCAGCAACAGUCUGGAGCAGGAGGUAAUCAAGGUCACCUCGCAACAACGACGGGGCCGACCACACAGCAUUCUGCCCACGCGGCAUUUGGCUUUUUUGGGCCACAGAGUUUUGGCCAAGCCAAGAUGCUUAACGAGCUCCUUGGCAGACAGGUCAAGCAGGCCAGUGACGCUGGCGGUUCACCACCAGAGGGUAGUCACGGUAUGACAGGUGCUGGUAUGGACCAGACGACAAAUUUACAGCAGGGCAGUGUCGUUAAUUGUGACGAUCCUGCUGCUGCUGCUGAAUUAACCCAGCACAUGUUGCGGGAUAUACUCCAGGGAAGAAAACUUUCAGCCCUCGCUGUACAGGAACAACCAAAUAAUAACAAUAGUAUACAUAAUAAUAAUAAUAAUACAACGGAAUUAUUAAAAUCACAGCAACGUCAGCAACAGAGCCCAACGCAGUUACAUCAAAAUAGUGAUAGUGCGCGGGGUAUAAGUGGGACAGUGCAGAGUGGAGGGGAGGAGAGUGUUGAUGGUAAUAACGUUAACGCGAAUCAUAGUGAUCGGGAUACGAUUAUGCCAGGUGACGCUGAAGACAGUGCUGAGGAUGCAGCAUCGGCUGCACGCGCCAUGGAAGAGGCCUUUGCAGAGGCUGGUAUGGAGCCUGGUGCUAAUUUAGAUGGUUCUGAUUGUGAACAAAGUUUACCACCGAGUCCGACGGCCCAACGUCCGGGUUCGGUAACAGUUAAAGAGGAAUUACAUGAUUCGAUGAGCUUGAAAAGAAGUCGAUCAUCGAGUCAUUCACCCUGUCCAAUUGUACCAAAGACGGAGACGAGCUCGCCAACGACUGAGAUUAAGCGGGCUCGUGUUGAAAAUAUUGUCAGUACAAUGAGAAGUAGUCCAGCAUUACAGCCAGUUAAUGGUUGUAAAAAGCGUAAGCUUUAUCAUCCACAACAGCAAACAGUGCAUCAUGUUAUACACCACAAUGUUAACGAUGCUAUGCUUGAUGUGGAUGAGGAUGAGAGUGAGGAGGAGGAGGAUCCUGCAACGAUAAGACAGAAGAGAGAGGAAAAGGACAAUCUGAAAAGUCAAUUGAAACAUUUGCACGAGCAACUGGCAAUGAUGCAGCAAAAAUAUCACGAGCUCUCGAGCCGUAUGGAGCCGGAGAGUAGUGAAAGCGGUGAAGCGCCAGCAAGUCCGCAGAGAGAGCCACAACAACCGCCUCCGCGACCGCCAAGACCCCAUCCACCACCCUACAACAAUCUCCCAUCACUGCCACCUGAUCAUCCACACGCAACAGCAGCAGCAAUGUAUCAUAUGGGCCAGAAACUCUACCUCGAACAGCAGCAUGCCGCCUUGGAGCGUAUGAAGCAACAUCAGGAGGCAGCUGUUAGACAACAAGCGCAACAUCAAGCGCAACAACAGCAUCGUGAUAGGGAACAUUCGCGUGAUUCACAUACACGACAACAAUCACCACAACCAACGAGAGAUGUGCAGGAUCAGAGUCGAAGUAAUACGGGACCAUUGACACCCCAAACACCCCAAAUGCAACAAGCUGUUACGCCUCAUCAGCACAAGGACUUCCAAGAGAGGCCGAAUGUGUUUAGGCCUGGUGCAAGUACAACGGGCUCAACGGGUACACACGUUACAGAAGCUGACCUUGAGUCUCUAGCGGAUAUAAUGAAAAUGGAAAUAUCCUCAACAUUUGGCAAUCUUGUUGACACUGUUUUCGCAAGGUUUAUGCAACAGAGGAGGUUUCUUGGUAAACCCAUUGAAGCAGCACAGGCGGCCGCUGAUCAACUCAACAAGGAUUUAUUACUAGCGAGUCAAAUGUUGGAGAGAAAAUCACCGAGGACUAAAGUCGUGGACAGGGGUGCACCUCAGUCGAAUAACGGCCCAAACGGGCAAAGGGGGCCCCUAAACGGUGGCCCCCCACCCCCACAAUCAGCUCCAUUUUCCCAAAUGGGAAGUCUCAGUGGUGGUUCACAUGGUCCCCUGUCCGGCCCAACGGAAAAUAAUCUCAAUCAAAUUAAUCAAUUACCGCCACACGCGAGACCGAGUAUUGGUAUGUUUCAAGCACCAAAACCACCGUCGAUAUACGCAAUGGCAUCGAUGCAACAGCAGCAACAGGCGCAACAGCGUGAACAACAGGCACGUGAGCAGCAGAGAGAUCAGUACUGCAAUAUGAGAAAUGAGGACAGAGAAGCGAGGGAACUUGAGCAGAACGAGGCUCUUUCGCUCGUAAUGACACCAAAGAAAAAACGUCAUAAGUUCUUCAAUUCCCAGGUAACCGAUACGAGGAUUACUCCACGUACGGUCUCCAGGAUUUUAGCACAAGAGGGUAAUGGAUCGCAGGGGGGUAGUGAGAGUCCACCACCACCACCACCACCCAGACCCUAUCCUGGACCACCUCCAAUGCUGCCUGUAUCGUUACCAACAAGUGUUGCGAUACCAAAUCCAAGUUUACACGAGAGCCAAGUGUUCUCACCUUAUUCACCAUUCUUCAAUCCCCAUGCGGGUGAUCCUGGUCAAAUGCCACCAUCGCUUCAUCGCGCUGGUGCACCACGUCAUUUACCAGCCAGUCCGCCUGGUGGUGGAGUCGAUCUACGUGAUUCACCACCCCUACCUCAUCCACCAGCAAUGCUGCAUCCAGCACUGCUAGCUGCUGCCCAACACGGAGCAAGUCCUGAUUAUGGACAUCUACGAAUGGACAGCAAUGACAGAGGUAGUGACUGCAACUCCGGCGACAUCAGUUACGACGGAAUUCAGCCUACAAUAUCCUUUUCUAAUGCUUUGUCAGGAGUGCAUAAUUCAGCACUUCAUAGUUUAGUGAACUCGUCGACAUUGACGCCGAUGCAUCUGAGGAAAGCGAAGCUGAUGUUCUUCUGGGUGAGGUAUCCGUCCUCGGCCGUCCUAAAGAUGUACUUCCCGGACAUUAAAUUUAACAAGAACAACACUGCUCAGCUGGUCAAGUGGUUCUCCAACUUCAGGGAAUUCUAUUACAUUCAAAUGGAGAAAUACGCGAGACAGGCUGUCUCGGAAGGUGUUAAAAAUGCUGAGGAUCUGAGGGUGGGCGGUGACUCGGAAAUAUAUCGAGUAUUAAACCUCCACUACAAUCGUAACAACCACAUUGAGGUAUGGGGUCCACAGGUACCCGGUAACUUCAGGUACGUGGUAGAACAAACGUUAAAGGAAUUUUUCAAAGCAAUCCAGGGUGGUAAAGACUCGGAACAGUCUUGGAAGAAAGCAAUUUACAAGGUGAUAUCGAGGCUCGAUGAUCCAGUACCUGAGUACUUCAAGAGCCCCAAUUUCCUGGAACAACUCGAGUGAACCAGGCCAGCGCUGCGUUGCUCCGCGUGGUAGCCCGGUGAAUUAAAAAGAUACCUUAGACCUUACAAUUAAAUGAGGACAAAAGUCAUACCAAAAAAAAAAUUAUGCAAAUGAAAAAAAAACUUAUUUAAAAGAGAAUGUAUUCAUCGCGAUAUGGCGGAGUUUGCUACGGAAAGUGGCCAUUCGACGAUGGACCUUAUCCAGGUAUCCCUUUAGUAACAUAUCGUGAGAGAAGUAGGCGAAAAUUAAUAGAAGCAUGAGAAAGAAUUUUUAUGAUAAACGCAUGAACUCAAAAUGCAUUAAAAAAAAAAAGGUCAAAGGAGGAUGAGGAUCGACGUACAUUAAUUCGAUGAGUGAGGGAUUAUUUCCAAGUAUCAAUUAAUAAAUUAUUUAUCAGGGAAUUUAAUAUAUUUGAAUCAUCAUGUGCACGAAGUAGAUUCCUUCGCGCGCCAUUAUCGAUCAUCGAUUAAAAUCAAGAAGACAAAUCACCUGAGAAUAAAAUUUAGCUUGAGGAAUGAUAAAUAUGAUAACCACCUCGGUACUUUAUUUAAUAAUUCACUGAUUAUCAUGUAAUGUUCCUUACCACGUUCAUUAAGUAACCAGAGUCAAGUUUUGGUCCAAAGAAAUUCUGGAGUUCGAGCCUCGAGAUUGCCUCGUUGAUACUUUUUUUCAAAUUAGAGAGAGAGAGAUAAUUGAAUGGAAAAUUAAAAAAAAAGAGAAGAAUAAUUCAAGGGCUCCAUCAUUGCUCACUUCUGUACAGAAUAAUUGACCGAUGAUUGAUCCCUUGAAUUCACUAAAGACGAGAAAAAAAAACUAAUAAUAACGACAUGAAACUGAUCACCCUGUUGCUUAGUUCCACGUCGUUUUGGUGGGGAUAAAUUAAAUUGAAUACCUGUGGAAAUAAAUUAAAAAAACAGCAGGGAUCGAUUGACUAAAUAAUUGAUUCUCAUCAAACUGGCUGUGCGUAUGAAGACUGGCGAUUAUUCGGCCAAUCAACGAUGCAUCCUGGGGAUUUAAUUCGGACUCUAGAUAUUUAAGAUGUGUAAAUAGUAUUUUUAGAGACUAAUAAGUUUUUAAUUUUUAAAUGAAUAAUUGAUUUUGAAAGCAAAACCGAGUGAAUGAUUGAUCCAUUUAGUUCUGGAUUAAUGUACAUUUUUUAUUAGAUAAUGAUAAUUCAAUCGUUGCGAAUAACGAAUUAGUGGUUGGAUGGUGUUAGACUAGUCUGAGGGAUGAGAUUACGUGAAUAAAUAGCGCGAAGGAAUAAUUAAGGGGACAAGUAGGCGCGGGUAAUGAUAGGAUAUGAGUAUAAUGACCACAAUUAUUGAGGAAUAGUUAUACACUGAUACACUCACAUGGGCACGAAACACAAUGCAUUAUAAAAUAUACAUUAAUCAAUGAUAAAUGAAAAAAAUGAACGCGGAAUUUUCUCUUAUUCAUUAUUUUUAGGGAAUUGGAAAGCACUUCCCCCUGAAUCUAUUAUACGUGCUUUAUUCCUUUCUUUUAUUUUGUCACGUUAAUGUAAGACCCUGUUGAUAAAUGAACAAACAGCAUUAUUUAAUUAACGAGGAAAAAUAAUAGAGAAAAAUAGGAGAAUUAUGGAGGGAUAUAGCGAUGCUGGGUGGAAGGGAUUUAAAUCCUCAUAAUUAAAUUAUACUUUUUAUGAAUUAUUACAUUUGUGUUUUGCAUAUCCUGUAGUAUUAUAAUUAUUUUUUAUUAUAAAUAACGUAUUUUUAUGAUUAUUAUAACGUCAUGUGGAGUAUAAAUAUUAUGAUUAAUAAUUAUGAUGAAUUAAUUAUUAUGUUCUUAUUUUUUUUCUCUCUCUCGCAUUGAGUAUCAUUUAUGGAUUAACUUUUAAUUGUAAAUUUUAGUCUUUUAAGUUUCUGCAAUUAUUCUUCUUUUUUUCUUUAUUGAUGUGGGGUAUUGACACCAUUCACCCAUUUAUACACGCUAUUACUUUCGCUAAUUAACGGUGAGUCUUAACCUAGUCACGAAUCACUAUUUAAUUAAUUGAUUUAACCGAUUAUUAUUUUAUUUAUUAUUUCACCAAUAAAAUGAGACAGUAAAAUGAUUUUUUUUUAUUUAUUUGGGACGUACUAAUGACGAAUUAUUUUUUAUCGAACCCGACCCACUCCUGAUCCCACGCCGAAAUUGGACACUUUUUUAUUUCUUGAAUUUAUUCCCGCAUAUGUUGUUUGAAUUUUUUAUUUUAUUUUCAAGUUUAAUGAGAAGAUGAAACGCAAUUGAAAAUUGAUGGACUCAUCCAACUAUUAUUUAAUUUAUUAUUUUAUACCGAUGAAAUGGGACAGUAAUUUUUUUUCGAUUUAUCUGAGACUCACAACCUGACGAAUGACUUUUUUCAAUUAUUUUCCAUAACGAGCCCCUUCUCCUUCUCCUCCCGCGCCACUUCGGCAUGAUGAAGAUGCGAAAAUGUUCAUUCUUUGAGGAAUAAAAAAAUGGCAUCUCAGUCUCUGUUCACGGUCUAUUGUCUCGGCCUAUUCAGGUACCUUAAUAUUGAAGAAUGUCGAGAUGAGACUGAUUCGACGUACGGAAGAUGCUGAAUUCGAAAUAUGAACGAGAAAAAAAAAUUUAUCUUUCGGUCUAGUUUUUAAAUUAUGAUAAAUAAAAAAUGAAUGACGUUAAAAAUUUGUUGUUAAUCUCAACGAAGAAAAUUUUUCGGUGAUAUAUAUUCUUGAAAGAGUUUUGGGGCCUAAGGAAAUCGUCGCUGUUGGCUCGUCACUCUGUAUAAAAAUUAAUACAAAAAUUUUUGGACAAAUUUUUAAUACGACCAACAGCCAUCAUCCUCCCUACAUCGAGGCAGUCUCAUUUCUGUUUUAAAAAAUUAUAUAAAAAUACUGAAAAAAAAAUCAUUCGGGAGCGAGACUGAGACGUCAUUUCGGAGCCUCAGCCCAAUGUCAAUAUAAUAUUAAUCCCCUGAUAAAUGUCUAGUACUAAGGAUUCCCACGACCGAAUGAUAAUCAUCGUAACGUCGAUAACUUUUAUUUAACAGAACUAUCAUGUUAAGCGCGCAGCGAAGGCAUUCGAGUACAAUUCCUUGAGAGCACAUUAAGCAACAAUAAUCAAUCGAAUGAUUUUUCAGCUCCACAAAAUAAUUGAAAUAGUCAUGAGUAAGCCCCCCCCCCGGGUACAUUGAAUUAUCGACGUGAGCGGUGUCUCGAUGACUCGUCAUUUAACGAAACGAUCAACGAAGAAAAAUCCGUCGUCGAUAAUUACCAAAAAAAUAGGAUUUAAUUAAACCGAAAUACGAUGAUAUCGUCUUCGUGCGGUAAGACUCGACAAAUCACUCAACAAUGAAGUACUCACUGACAAUCAGUGAGUGAAAUAUUGAGUGAUAUCAAUCCCGAACGCGACACGGUGCGCUGCUGAAAUUAACCAAAAAUGCGAAGUUUUGAGAUAAAUUUAGGUGAAAAAAGUGAUGAGAGAAGUUGAAAAUUUUGCAACGCCGGACAAUUGGAGGUGAAAAUUUUGUCGAGUUAUUAUUAAAAGUGUAAUAACAGUUAUUAUAGAUAAAUAUGUAAAAGAAUAGAAUUUUCGAAAUGUGUGAAGGGGACAAUUAUGAGGUGAAACAAAAGGCCGCGGUAAAUUCUCCUCGAUACUUUGAUAAUUUAGGUGUGAAAGGAAAGUGAAAUGAUGCCCGCGCGUGAUCUGUUUCAAAAAAUGAUAAUUAAUCGAGAGAAGUGUAUAAUCGCCCUACUCGCCCCCAUAUCCGUGCACGUGAAAUUGACGCACAGAUGCCCGGAUUGUUUGAUUUAAUGCGAAAACAAAUGAAGAAAAAAAUGCUCGACGAGGAAAAGGCGAUUACGGAAGACGAGGAUGGCGAUUGAGAAAAAUUUAAUCUAACAAAAAACCCAAAAAAAAUGAAUAAAAAAAUUUUAAUAAGCAUACGUACAUACCUAAGCGCAUAAAUUAAACCAAAAAAACCACAUAAACCAGAAUUAAGUAAUAGUAUCUAACGUUAAAACUUGCAAGCUAUUAAUUAUUAUAUUACGA